AUGGCCGAAAUAAAUGCUUAUCAAAGAAUCUUGGAAGAUUUGCGACAAUUACAACCAACCGAAAUUGUGGCAUAUCCGCCACCUUAUACGAUUACCGCAGGCUUGGAAGAAAAAUUUGAUUUAAUCAAUGCUGCCAUAGAAAGGUCCAAGCGCAUUGAUGACCGAAUAUUAAUGCUAGCAAAUGUCUACUAUUUAGGACAUUUUCUGGAAGUAGAAAUUCGGGAUAAUACAAGACGCGGUCAAUUUCUACAACAAUUAUCUAUACAUUUCCGGACGAUUGCUAUCCGAACUUAUUAUAUAUUUGAGGUCUCCGGAGUUGAACAGAUUAUGAGAACAACCCAUACAACCCCCACUAUGAUCCGGAAGCUCAGUACGGCAGAAUAUAAGGAUUUGGUCUUUAAAUCCAUCGAAAUUUUCAACGGGAUUGAAAAUCUGGGAGGGAGUGGUGUUAAUCGAAUAAUCACAUGA